AUGCGCGUGGCGCUCGAAAUUGCUGCUGACUGGGGCUCGAGGCUCCUCACCUCAUCCCUUGUAGACAUCUAUGUCGGACCGGAAUCCACACAUUGGACUCUUCACGAAAGACUCCUCUGCUAUCAUUCACCUUUUUUCUCAUCCAUCUUCUACUCGGACCAAAAAAUUGAAGAGAGAAAAACUCGAGGAAACAAAUCGUAUGGUCUUCCAGAUGAAGAUGACUAUCCCUUCGAACUUCUCGUGGGCUGGCUUUACUCCGGAUCUAUUCGCGCUCCCAAGACCGAGCAAGAUAUCGGCCCAUUACUUGACUUGUACCUAUUGUCGGAAAAAUUUCAGAUGAAGAAACUCGGGCUCGAUGUUGUCGAACUUGUUCGAGACUACUACCAUACCACUUCCACAUAUCCCGGUCUUCGCCGAGUUCAAUACAUCUAUGCCGAAACCGAUGAAGAUAACGAAAUGCGUGAAAUGAUGGUCUCUUCCGUCGCCCGUCAAUUGGCCACUAGCCACAGGAUUCCAGCACAUUGGGUUACGGCAUUACAACGAAAUGGACAACUGGCCGUUGACAUCAUUCGAUCCAUUCAACAAUGGAAUAUCGGAGAGCGCAGUAUUCCCGAUGUUCGAGCUGGUAGUCAAAGUCGAGGGCGACAGGCAAACGGAGGCUGCUUCGACUCGAUUGAGGGGAGGGGAGAUUCCAUGGAAGCUGUUGAUCCGGUCGAUCCGGUCGAUCCGAAUUUGGGCGUCACAAGUCCAAACAGUGAAGCAAGUGAUACACCCAUCGUCAAGAGCGCCCCUGAAGAGUAA